AAAAACGACAUUCUGUAAAGAUUUUUUUUUUCCCCAAAAUUUCUCCUCUGGCUUCUCUGCGGUCUCUCCUCUUUCCACUUUUAGCAUUCAGCAACAAGAAGAAGAAAAUAAUUAUAUUAAUAAUGUCAUAAUAAACCCUAAAAAGCUCCGCUCAAAUCUUCCAUAUACUUCACUGCUGCUCUGGCCUCCAUUUUUUUUGCUUCGAAAUUCAAUUUUUUUCCUAUUUUGUCCCCUUUAUUUCGCUGUAAAUAUCUCUCAAAGCCAUCCUCAAAAUAUCUCCCAAGUCCUUAGCGCUCUGCAUUUCAGCUUCAAUCCAGAAUCUUCAUCGAAUAAUCCUUCAUUACAGCCACAGUAACUCUUCCGAACUUAAUUAACACUGUUUCGUAUAGAAAUUUAUUUUUCCUAAAGUUGAUUUAAAUCUUAAGCUUGGAUCUCUAAAUUCGUCGACACAAAAAGUUUAAAUUUCUUUGUUUUCGCGUGCUUUCAAGAGUCGGCAGCUUUGGUUGUAAGUUUUUAGCCAAAAGGGGAAAAGAAGGGAAGUAGGCUUUGAAAAAGUAGUAUGGACUUUACAAAUGAUUGCGAGAAAGGUUGCAUGCCACUGAUCCAGUUGCCAACAUUUUGAUGUUGGUGAAUUAUGUGGCCUUAGCUGGGGAGUGUCUGAGCUGAGCAAAGAGAUGCAAGCAGUUGGCUUUCAGUUGGAAUGAAGAACUUACAGAGCACACAAGAUAUAAAACCCUCAACUCAAGCUUCACACGAACCAAAAACGGAACAGCAGAACAAUCAAACAACAGAUGCCCCCUUAGCAGACUCUGGCUCUGUGUCUGCUUCAAGCAAUGAUGGCCGAAAAGUUUCACGCCAAGAUAUUGAACUUGUCCAGAAUUUAAUUGAACGAUGUUUACAACUAUACAUGAAUAGAGAUGAGGUUGUCAAAACUCUCCUGACUCGAGCAAGGAUAGACCCUGGAUUCACAACUUUAGUAUGGCAGAAGCUAGAAGAGGAGAAUGCUGAUUUUUUCCGGGCCUAUUACAUAAGGCUGAAGUUAAAGAAGCAAAUCCUUUUAUUUAACCAUUUUCUUGAGCAUCAAUAUCAUCUGAUGAAAUACCCUGUGCCUCCAAAAGUUCCUUUGGCUCCAAUACAAAAUGGGAUCCAUCCCAUGCCCGUUAACAACUUACCAAUGGGAUACCCUGUGCUGCAACAGCCUCCAAUUCCAGCUACGGGGCAACCUCAUCUUGACUCCAUGGGCAUAUCUAGCUGUCAUGUGGUCAAUGGAGUCCCUGCACCCAGCAAUUUUCAACCUAUGUGCAUGAAUUCAGGGAACGACAUGGUGAUGGAAAACAAUGCCACUAAUGUAACACCUGCAGUUCCUCCAACCACUACCAUGUCAUCUAUGUCAGAGAUGCCUGUGAGUCCUACAUCAGUGGCGUCCAGUGGGAAUUUCCCCUUCACUGCGUCAGACAUGUCAGGGAUGGGAGUAGACACUUCAGUACUGGAUUCAGCCUUCACAACUGAUGUUGCAAGUUCAGUAGGAUUGCAGCUGGGACCUGAUAAUGGAGCUGGGAAUUCUAGAGAUUCCCUUAGAUCACUUGAUCAGAUUCAGUGGAAUUUUAGCCUCACAGAUCUGACAGCAGACUUGUCAAACUUGGGAGAUUUAGGAGCCCUUGGGAACUAUUCUGGUUCUCCUUUUCUUCCUUCUGAUUCAGAAAUUUUGCUUGAUUCUCCGGAGCAAGAGGAUAUAGUGGAGGAAUUUUUUGUUGAUUCUGUCCCUGGGCAGCCAUGCUCUCAGUCCGAUGAGGAGAAAUCGUAGAUCAAGGUGAGUAUUGUACCUUACCUUCUUAAAAUUGUUAGGAUAGGAUAGAGUAAGAUCAAUAAGAACAGCAUUUGACAUCUAUUCAGUAGGCAUUUUGAAUUGUUAACAAAUUUGAACAUUUUAGCAGUGUAAUUUUGGUUUUAGCUUGAUCAAUCAAUAGCAGUAAGCAAACAGGAAAGCAGCCAAGUUCUCCUUAGUUGUAAGUUUUCAGAUUGUUGAUAUGAGACCUUAUUUUUAUUUGGAGAACCUGAGGACCAUUUGUUCGUAAUCUUUUGUUUUCUAACGACGAGGGAAUCAUUGCAAUC